AUGUUGCGGAACCGCUUCGUCCCUCCCUCCUUUCCCGCUCCUCCCCGGGGGAACCGGGACCGAGCCCGGGGCAAAGUGCAGGUUCAGCCCCCGGCCUGGGGGCACGAGGGCGCAGCAGUGACCCGCAACCCCCCACUGCUGGUGCUGACGGUGACCCUGGUGCUCCUCGGCCUCUUCUCCGUCAUCCUCCUCGGCGGCGGCAUCAGCCACUUCCAGGACCCCCUGUUCUGUGUGUUCGUGGUGUUCUCCUUCGUCUCCGGCGUCGACCUCAUCAUCGCCCUGGAGGAGGACGGGUUCAUCUCUGGCUUCAUGGAGGUCUAUGUCAGAGAGGGCGAGCCCUACCUGCGCACGGCCCAUGGGAUCAUGAUCUGUUACUGGGAUGGCGUCGUCCACUACGGGCUCUACCUCACCAUGGUCAUGGCCAUCGGCCACAGGAAGAACUACAGGAACCUGGGGCUCUUCUGGCUGGGCUCGCUGCUGAUGAGCGUCGUGGUCUUCCUGCUGGGGAACAUGAUCGGGAAAUACAGCUCCGAGCUCAGCCCCUCCUUCCUGCUCAACCUGCCCUACAUCCUCCUCCUCCUCUGGGCCGGGGCGAGGCUGUUCCAGCAGCCCAGGGAGCCGCUGCUCCUCAGCCCCGAGAAGGUGGCGGAGGAGCAGCGCAAACCCCUG